GUUCGACGACUUCUUCCGUCGGUAGAUGGCUGCAGCUUCUCCACCGGCGACGAGAACAAAGAUUCUGCAGUUCGGUCUGGAAGAAUCCGUCCUUCCAGAGGGCUCUGGAAGUGCCUCCGAAGGCUUCAUUUCUCGCGCGGCUGGGUCGAUCACCGCUGGAAUAAAAUCAAAUCUCCGUGGUGUCCCAAUAUCUCUCCACUCUGGUUCACUCCGGUAUCACUGCUACUGAUUUUGCAGUUCCAGCCUCUAUCUACGACCGAGUCCGCCGUCCAUCCAUCUCAUGCCAACAACGAUAUAAAUACUACAGAUAGCAAAUCAUCUGUCCUUGUCGCCACUAGUCUCAGCUUUAUUACUCAUCGCAAGACCCAUCUUCCAUACAAGCCUCAUCACUGUUUGUCGUUCAGCCUCGGCCAUCGAUGGAAUCGACGCUCUCAUCCACCGCUGAUCUAAUGGCCCGCCGAUUCUUCCCUGCACACAACGCCGCCUUCGGGCUGAGCGUCAUCCUCUUCCUCUUCAUGUUUCUCCCGACGCUCGUCGUUUUGUUAGCCGUCAUUGUCUUCUUCCUCUUCUACUACCCGCGUCUGACGAAGCCGUCGAAUGAGCAUUAGUCUGCCUUCUUAAAAGUGUGUUGUUGCAUGAAACAGAGUUUAUGAUAUGAUACCACGGAAUUUUUUUGGAUGACUGUCAACGUUUUUAUAUACUGUGCUGAAGCUAGCAUCUGGUUCAUGAUAGGCGUUUGGGUUUUGUUUAGUAUCGCAGAAUGUAACGUUAUAUCUGUUUCACAAUUUCGGAUCAAAGAGAACGACACGGUAUCCUCGCUUUCAUACAGGGCGCAAUGGAGUGAGGGCAACAGAUUUGGGCGCCCAUACGCUACAAUAUCUCGUGUUAGGUUGUAUAUAGCGAACAAUCAACCCAACAUUCUGG